AUGCUCGCCCCCCCAGAGCCCCUCCUGCGCAUGGGCAGCAGCAGCAGCACCGCCACGCCCCGCAGCGCGCAGCCCGGCUCCGCCACAGGCGGCGCCGCCGCGUCCACCUCGGCCGCCGUGGGGCGCUCCCCCGCCACCAGCCGCCCCGGCGCGGCGCAGACGAUCCGCGCGCACUCUCGGCUGACAACGUGGCUGGCACGCGCCCAGUCGGUGCAGCAGCACGUGCUUUGGGAGGAGGAGCGGCUGGAGGGGCAGCUGGUGUCGCUGGCGGCGCGGCAGCAGCUGCUGGCCGGGAUCGUUCUCAGCCUGCCGGUCGACUCGGGGGCGGGCGGCGCGCACGGCGGCGCGGCGCGCAUGAGGCGCAAGCUGCUGGAGGAGGAGCGCCGCGUCGAGUCCGAGGCGGACGCGCUGCAGGCGCGCGGCGCGGCCCUGGCCGCCUGCUCCGCGCGGCUGGCGUCGACGCUGGAGCUGCUGGCGGGGCCGAGCCGCAUGGGGGACGACGAUAAGCUGGGGCUGCUGCAGCUGCUGCUUGCUGACGUGGCGGACCGGCUGCAGCUGUGGGACCAGCUGGAGGCGCUGGACGGCCUGCCACACCUGGGACAUGUCGGCGCGACGCUGCGCAACAUGGCCGAGCAGGAGGGCCGCGGCGCCGACCAACCGCAGCCACCGCCCCCGCCCCAGCCCCCGGCCUACCAUCCCUACCCACAGCCGCUGCACCACUCCCAGCAGCAGCUGCAGCCCCACCACAGGCCGCCGCAGCAGCACCAGCAACAACACCCGCCACACCCGCACCUUCACCCGUUCCAGCAGGCCCACCAACACCACCCGCAGCGGGGCGGCGCCGGCAGGUAUGACGCCGCGACCGAGACCGCCGGCACGCUUGGCAGCCGCCCCGCCGUAACCGCCGAGGGGCAGUUUCAAAACGACCCGGACCACGAGCUGUACACUACGAUGGCGUCGAUCUUCUCCGCUGAGCUUUCAGAUGACGGGCCGCUGCUCGGCCCUGAUGAGGGGCAGCAGCGCCGAGGGGGAGUGGUGCAUGACGAGCAUGACGCCGAGGGCCCUCCGGAGCGGCGCCGCGGCGACGGCGGCGGGGGUGCCGGCGGCGCCAAGGAAGACCAGCUCGCGCCGCUGCCCGUCCUGGCGCAGGCGCACCACCGGCCCCCGUCCCGCGGCGGCCGGCCCGGCGGGGCCGGCACCGGCGCCGGCGGCGCGGGGACGCCUGCGCGGAUGCUGCGGCGCCGGGGGCUGUCCCUUGACCUUCCGGGUGCCCACAGGGAGCUGGCAGAGUCGCUGGCCGCCACAGGGGCCCUCGCGGGGCCGGAGGAGGCGGAGGCCUUCUCCACGGCCUUUGAGCGCCUCGCGCAGCAUGCGGGCGCGGCUCAGCCGAUGACGUCGGUCGCGGCCGCGCACGUGCGCGGGGGCGCCGUCGCCGCCAUCCACGCGGCCGUUUUGGAGCACAGUGCGAGCGGUGGCGGCGGCGGCGAAGACUCAUGCCAAGGGGCGGUUGUUUCGAGUCACUUGGAGGAGGCGCAGCGUCAGCAGCGGCAGAAGCAGAUGUGCCAGCAGCUUCCGGCCGGCGACCAGCCGCUCGAGGCGGCCGCUUCCAAGGAAGCACCACACUCGGGCCAACCGCGCAGCGUGGCGGCUCAGGGUGUCAUCAACGCACUCGCGGCUUCUGCAGGCGGCGCCCUGGCCGAUGCUGGUGCCAAGGGCGCACCUGCCCAACGGCCGCAGCAGCCGGACGCGGCUCUGCAGGGCGGCGGCGCGGGCUCUGAGGGCGGCGCUGGUGGCGAGGGCUCGGGGGCGGGCGCGCAUGGCGCCGUCAUCGGCGGCGGCGCGCUCGCCGGGAUGACAGUUCGCGACCUUUUGGGCCUUCUGGUGACGACGCUGCAGCAGCAGGGUGACGCUGGGGCCAGCAGCGUGGCCGACGUGCCGGUGGGGCGCCUGCUGGCGCAGCAAGGGACCUUGGAGUGA